UGUGUGUAUGUAUAUUUAUAUACACAUAUUGGUAUUAUAUAUAUACACGUGUAACAUUCGCACUUAAACCUCGCUUUUCCUGCGAUCAUCAUGCCGCCCACUCCAAAUAAAUUGAACUUGAGCUUCGCCAGAAACGCGUACAGCGUGUUUGGGGCACGCGGUACCAAUACCACUGCUGAUCAUCAGCGCGAGCAGAAAACGGAACUUUUGGAGGGAACCAGGAGCAACGGAAUUCUUCAUCUAAAAAAUGGUAUCGAUUAUAUCAACCCUGGUGAAGAAGACCAAAUGGAAAUCUAUGGGUAUAAGAGAAAUAAAAUUCUAACCGCUGUUACUUGGUUCUUGAUCAUCAUUACCGGAGGAUUUCUUAGAUUGGUCUUCCAUUGGAUACCGCAUCUCAUGUUGCUAGCGACUCAUUCCAAAUGUCAAUUAGAAACCGCAGAUACUGUUUUGCUGAUAGAAAAGUUCCAAGGAAAACACACAAGUUAUUACGUGAAAAAACUGAAGACCUUGGCUGCUCAAGAUAUACUUAAACCAUUCGAUGGGAAAUCAUUGAUGGAUAAUGAACCAUCGUGGAUGGAGAACGGCAGCAUGAUAACCAUCAAGGAAGUGAAGGAAGAGUAUCCCCCCACCCUUUCACUGCAUUUAAUCGGUGGACAAUUUAAACAAGUUCCGUCGAUCGUUUUGUUCCAUUGCAAAAAGUUAACUUACGUUUGGGAUCCCGAAAGAUCCGAGUUUCUGAAGCUUCGUGGUUUAGAUGUAGGAGUUUUAACCUCCACGUUGCAUCAGAUGCAAGGAUUAAAUUCACUUGAACAACACAUGAGACGCAGCGUUUACGGAAACAAUGAAAUCGUGAUUCCAGUAAAGAGCAUUAUAACACUACUCUGUCUCGAAGUCCUUAAUCCAUUCUACGUCUUCCAGCUGUUUAGUUUUUGUCUCUGGGUUGCCGACAAUUAUUACUACUAUGCUAUGGUCAUCUUAACCAUGUCCAGCAUCGGUAUAAUUAUGGCAGUCUUCCAGACUCGUCGGAAUCAACACAACUUACGAUCCACCGUGCACUCUUCCGACGUGGCAACGGUGAUAAGGGAUCGCGCGACCGGGCAAACAGCAACCGUGCCUGCUGAAAAACUAGUACCUGGCGACAUUUUAAUUAUUCCAUCUCAUGGCUGUUUGAUGCCCUGUGAUGCAGUACUUCUAACUGGGAAUUGCAUUUUAAAUGAAUCUAUGUUGACCGGAGAGUCGGUUCCUGUCACGAAAACACCUAUUCCUUCGUCCAGUGAAAUAAUAUACGACACUAAGGAACAUGCAAGGCACACGCUCUUCUGUGGUACUAAAGUCAUCCAAACGAGAUAUUAUGGUUCAGAAAAGGUUUUAGCUGUCGUUGUGAGAACCGGAUUCAACACUAGCAAAGGUGGACUAGUCAGAUCUAUCAUGUAUCCUCCACCCGUGGAUUUCAAGUUUGAGCAAGAUUCGUACAAGUUCGUCGUGUUGUUGGCUGCUAUAGCUAGCAUCGGCGUGAUUUACACCAUCGUUACAAAGGCUAUUAGGGGUGUUCCAAGCAAUCACAUUACUCUGGAAGCGUUAGAUCUAAUUACGAUAGUAGUACCACCAGCUUUACCAGCGGCUAUGACCGUUGGUCGACUGGUGGCACAGCGUAGACUUGAGAAGAACAAGAUUUACUGCACGAGCCCAAGGACCAUUAAUGUAUCGGGAUCGAUCGAUUGCAUCUGCUUCGAUAAAACUGGAACGCUGACCGAAGAUGGCCUCGAUAUGUGGGGCGUGGUGUCCACUGUCGACAAGAAGUUUCAACCAGCUAUCAAAAAUAUCACGUCCUUGCCUUUGAACGAUCUUCUCAUCGGAAUGGUGACCUGUCACGGGAUCACUAUAAUAGAAAAUCAAUUAGUAGGGGAUCCACUUGACCUAAAAAUGUUUGAAUCUACGGGUUGGACUUUAGAAGAGCCCGAUGUAUCCGAUACGUCGAAAUUUUCCAUGAUUUUCCCUACGAUAGUACGGCCAUCGAAGGGCUCCAAGUUGUUGAAGAAAAUACCUAACGAAAUAAGGAUCUCGAUAAGCCGACAAAACUCCAUGUCUUCUGACGUGAUGGAUAAUAUCUCUUUGAAUAACCUCGAUACCACGUUGGCUGGUUCCACGACAGAAUUGGGGGAGCAAGGUUUAGAAAUCGGGAUCGUUCGUCAAUUUCCAUUUACGUCUAGUCUUCAAAGAAUGAGCGUGAUCACCAGGACCUUGGGAGCUAAUCAUUAUGAUCUUUACUGCAAGGGUAGCCCGGAAAUGAUUCUUAGUCUCUCCAGAACAGAAUCCAUUCCACCAGAUUUUGGCAGCGUUUUACAAUAUUAUACGUCGGAAGGCUAUCGUGUGAUCGGUCUCGCACACAAGUCUUUAAAUCGUCUUCCUUACGCCAAAGUUCAGCGAUUGAGUCGCGAGUCUGCCGAAUCUGAUCUGACGUUCUUAGCAUUCGUGAUCAUGGAGAACAGAUUGAAACCAGAAACCACGCCUGUGAUCAGUGCAUUAAACACUGCCUGUAUAAAGACUGUCAUGGUAACUGGCGACAACAUGCUGACCGCGUUGUCCGUUGCCAGAGAUUGUGACAUCGUGAAGCCAGGUACACCGGUCAUCGCAGUCUCUGCUACUCAGCAGAAUCAGAUGAAACCACAGAUCUAUUUCACGAAGAGUAACAGUCAGCCAUCGACAGGACACGGCGAUCUCAGCGAAAUGACUGAUCUGAAUAGUGUAGCUAGCUUGGAAACAGUCGAAAGUGGUUCUUUUGGGAACAAUCAAUUCGAAAACGAUGUCAAUUAUUUAUCUGAUGACUUACAACAUUCGAAAAAUAAAUACGUGUUUGCACUCACGGGUAAGACGUGGGCACUAGUCAAACAAUAUUACCCAGAACUGAUUCCCAAACUUGUCACCCGAGGAGCAAUCUUCGCGAGAAUGUCGCCAGACCAGAAGCAACAGCUAGUUCAGGAAUUGCAAUCCUUGGGAUAUUAUGUUGCUAUGGUGGGCGAUGGUGCAAACGAUUGCGGAGCCUUGAAGGCUGCCCACACUGGAAUUUCUCUUUCCGACACUGAAUCUUCAGUAGCAUCACCGUUCACCAGCCGCGAGACAAAUAUCUCUUGCGUAUUAACCGUAAUUCGAGAAGGUCGUGCAGCCCUGGUCACUUCCUUCGGAAUAUUUAAAUAUAUGGCCAGUUACUCUCUCACUCAAUUCAUCUCCGUGAUGCUGCUAUACGGUAUCGAAUCGAAUCUGACGGACAUCGAGUUUCUCUACAUAGAUCUGUUCAUAAUUUCGAUCUUCGCUUUCUUCUUUGGUCGUACCGAGGCUUACGAUGGUCCAUUAGUGAAGACAGCUCCUCUCAACAGUCUUAUUAGUACCACUCCGAUUCUUAGUUUAGUCACGCAAAUUUUGAUCGUGGCUCUAUUCCAGUCCGUUAGUUUAUGGCAUCUUGAACAGAUGGACUGGUUCGUGCCCUUUAAUGCUACGCUGAAGGCCGCUGAAAACAAAGACGACGUGAGCUGUACCGAGAAUUACACGGUUUUUAUAAUCAGUUCCAUGCAGUACAUCAUCCUAGCCGUGACAUUUUCAAAAGGCCAUCCGUACCGAAAGUCUUUGUUCACGAAUUACGGUCUGCUCAUGUCGUUCAUUUUCCUCACCAUGUUCUCUGUCUACCUCGCUACUUUUCCCUUCGAGUGGCUGCGGGACUGGUUCGAGUUGAUCCUUCCAGAAAGCGUCAGCUUCCGUUUCAUCCUAGUCGGCUACGGCAUCGCCAACUUCAUCAUCUCGUUGCUGAUGGAAUACUUGUUCGUUGACUACCUCGUUUUUAGGAAAUUACGCUACCGUUGGCACAACGUAGAUAAAUCCAGGCGAAAGUUCCUCGCGAUAGAUCGCGACAUGGCACGCGAUUUGAAAUGGCCGCCGAUUUCACAAGAACCAUUGCCAGAAGCGGCGCCCGAUAUUCUCAUACGUCAGAACGUUACCGAGAUCAAGAUCGAGAAACGCGUUUCCGAGCCCUGUCAUCCCGUGGACACCAGCUUCAUGAACAGCCCUAUUUGCGCCAAUUUCAAGCACUUCGGCUCGGCCAGAGAAGUUACUCUGAAUCCCAGAUCUCUGUUCAAUGAUCGCAGGAACACCGUGUCCAUGCAAACGGUACCCUGUUUUGAGGAUAGGGAUUCUGUAUUGAAACAACCGAACAUAGAGUUGACGGCGAAGCGAAGAUAUAAUUCAGAAUCGGAGAAGGGUAUCAAUCGAUACGAAAAAACUAGUUUUAAAAGCCAUAGCACGAAUCCGAUCGCCACUCUACCUAGGAACACAGCAGUGGCGCCCCAACCGCAGAAAUUGAGAGACUUGAAGAACGUCUUGAUGCACAAAAGUGAAGAUGGCUUGUCGCCCAGUACACAAAGUGUCCUUGAACUCGAUAUUCUACCAUCAUAGAAGAGAGCGAUUUAUAUUCGAAUUGAUAGUGACCAAAGAAUACAGUACUUCAAGCAACGAAUCGUGAUCAGUUUCGAGUUUGGAAGAUGAUCCUCCGUUUGGGUACACUUUCGCUCAAGAGUUUCGAGCAUGUUAGGAUUUCAACGUUUCAAAAGGAAAGGUUAGGAAAAACUUCCUUAAGUAAAUAUCUUAUUUAUACAAAUAUUUUAUUUAUGAUAUUCAUAUUUUCAUUGAAACUGUAGUUGAUCCUUGAUUGAUAUCAUUGAGCUGUUACAAGAUUGUAGGUUAAGUUUAUUUUUUGAAAUUUUUAAUUCAAUCGAAUUUUAUUACUAAUUAAAUAAAAAAAAGAUGAAAUACCCAAAAUUUUAAUAAUUUAACGUUAAUUACUUUGGCCAUCUAACUCAAUGACAUUACUUGAGGAUUAAUUUAUAUUACCAAAAAUAUAAAUUAAUUUAUAUUGCCAAAUCGAUUGACUCCACAAAAGAGAAAAUGGAAAAAGUGAGAAAAUAGUAUAUUCUUUUUUAAAAUUUCCUUUAAAAUUUGAAUAAACAUUGUGGAAUAGAUUGUUACAGUUUUUCAUAAUAAUACAUAAAAUGUAUAAUAUGAUAUAUCCUUGAAACAAUCACAGUGGCCACUGAAAUAAAUUAUUUAUUAUUCCACGAUGGAAAAAAUUUUGUCACUUGCUGAUAGCCCAAUUAUUAAUAAAAAUUAUUUAUUAUAUAUAAAAAGUUAGGGAUUAAUCAAGUGCUUUGAUACAAAAGUUAGAAAAAGACCAAGUAGUGUUAAUCACUUUGGUCUGUUAAAGGAAAAAUAAUAUCCCAAACUUUUGAGCAGAAGUGUAUCUGCCCAAUUUAUAUGCAUCACGAUUGCCACGAAGUAUCUUCACUUAAUCUGCCAGUGCAUUUGUUGUCCCAUGACAAUUGCGACACAAGACUGUUUUUCAGCUGCUAUACCACUCGGGAACCACUCGGGAACGUUUUGAUUGAAUCACAAUAAAGAUCUAAGAACCAGUUUCAAAUCACUGGACGUGCAAACUGGAGAAAACUGGAACAUGGCAAGAUUUUCAAUGCAGUCUCUAACAAUCGUUCUACAAGAGUGCAUUUAGAAUGCCGCGGCAUUCACGACAGCUUUGGUAACCGACGAUGCGUUCCCAUGAGCAUCGUACGGUACUUCGACCGAAGGGGUCCCUUUUGACCCGGUCUUUCUUCGUCCUCCUCCUUUACUAGUAUUCGAGCAUACCACUCUCGUGAGAGAAAGUAUUAUUGUAUAUCGUUAGUUUAUUUAACACUAGAUGAUAAAUUUUAACUCGCUCUGCGUGCCAGGGAAUUGAGGAUCUUCUCGUAGAAGAACAAAGAGUUCCCUUUGACGCAGGCCGAACGAAGUAGAUAGGUAGAUACAUAUUUUUCUUCUUUUUUUUUUUCUUUUUUGGAAAAAUUUUUUCGCGUUUAGAUGCCGUCUUUUUUCACUGCGGUUUCAAAGAUAUACUUAAAAAAAAAAAAAAAAAAAAAAAAAACAGAAAAGAAAAAAUAAAAAUAUUAUGUGAGCACAUACACGCGCUCCAUGUGACAGAAUGAAUUUUCUAUACUAGGAAACUAAUAGGGAAUUGAUGACAAUUUCCGUUUUCACGACGAGUAUAUUCUCCCCCUUUCUCGAUAAUUCGCGAUAUCUAGUCUAAUUUAAUAAAUUAAUAAAUUAUUAUUCGAAAUACAUAUGUAUAUCGAACGAUGCUCGUUGACGAUGCUCGUUUGUAGAAUGAGAGAAUUGUUCGAAUGAGAGAAAAAUUGAUAUUUCGUCGCGAAAGCGGAAAACUAGUGUAUUGUUUUUUUUUUUUUUUCUUUGUUGGUGUGAAGAUGGGAAACUUGUAACUAUACCGUAGUUUAUCCCAAGAUAAUCUUACUUAAUGGAACUUCGAGGGUCGCGAUUCCACGAACGCAGAAAUUCGACGCUCAUUGUCGCGGAUACUUAUUGUUAAAACGAGUAACGAGAUAAAUGUGUACUUAUCUACGCAGUGGAGAAUUAUACAUACUUAAGCGCGUUGUUCUACUAUUUACGACGCUAAGCUUGCGUUGAGUUAUAGCGGUUGUCGAAUAACAAAGUAUGUUUUUAAUGUAAAA